UUGCAAAUUAUAUAAAGAGGCACUUCUUUCUUCCCAAAUUUCCUCACGCGCAAGUAAACCUUACAAACGUACAAUCAGUGUGAGAAAUAGUUUGUUCAAGUUCUUCGAUAAUUUGAGAGAUGUGGAACGAGGCUUACCGGAAAGAUGACGUGGAGUUCGGCACUGCGCCUUUGUAUCCGGCGAUGUUGGAAAGUCCUGAACUCCGGUGGUCUUUUAUUCGAAAAGUAUACUCGAUUAUUUCUAUACAGUUGCUUCUGACUAUUGCGGUCGCCUCUGUCGUCGUCACCGUUCAUCCAAUUUCACACUUCUUUGCAGCCACAAAUGCAGGCUUAGCACUUUAUAUUGUACUCAUCAUCACUCCAUUUAUCACGUUGUGCCCGUUGUAUUACUAUCACCAGAAACAUCCGGUUAACUACUUGCUUCUUGGAUUGUUCACGGUUUCUCUUGCCUUUACUAUCGGAUUGACUUGCGCAUUCACCAGCG